UUGCCGUAUCAACAACUCAGCAGUGUGAUUGCAGACGGGAGAUAGUUUUCAAUAAAUAAUGGAAGCUCUUUACAGUUUGCCGUUCUUGCUUUUCGAGGUGCCGAACUUAAAGCUGAAGCGGCCCUCCUGGUUCCAGCAGCCCUCAGCAAUGACGGUGUUUUCAUUUGUAUUGCUUUCGUACUUUCUGGUCACGGGAGGCAUAAUUUAUGAUGUGAUCGUUGAACCACCAAGUGUAGGAUCGACGACGGAUGAGCAUGGACAUUCGCGACCGGUAGCGUUUAUGCCGUACCGGGUGAACGGUCAGUAUAUCAUGGAAGGACUUGCAAGUAGCUUCCUGUUCACGAUCGGCGGUCUCGGAUUCAUCAUAAUGGAUCAAACGCACACACCCGGCAAGCCGAAACUGAACAAAAUUCUACUCAUUGCCAUGGGCUUCAUCUUUAUCGUGGUGUCGUUUAUUACAACGUGGAUUUUCAUGCGAAUGAAGCUACCAGGCUACCUUCAGCCUUAGGGGCCUCACAGGUGGCUCCGACUCAUAGGCAUGUAAGGAAUCUUCUAUUCAAAACAAUACAAAUACAAUUUUAUUAUGAAAUUGUGCGUUUGCAUAUACUUAA